GGACCUCACGACGGGAAGCUGCAGCGGUAGCGAGCUAGUUAAGACUUCGGAUCAUUCUCUCUUGACCACGUUGUAUAACAUACGUUUGUAUUUCUGUCAGUUAUGUCUGUACUGUGUUAUAAUAAGGGAUGUGGACAACGUUUUGAUCCUGACAAGAAUUCAGAUGAUGCAUGCACAUACCACCCCGGAGUGCCAGUGUUUCAUGAUGCAUUAAAGGGUUGGUCUUGCUGCAAGAGGCGAACAACUGACUUUUCAGAUUUCCUCAGUAUUGCUGUGAGUGCUACAACUCGUCUGUGAUGAGACCGAAUGAUCAUCUUCAUAGAUGGAGGUUGCACAAAAGGCCCUCAUAAUCAGGAGAAGCCCUCUGAGCCUGUUAAACCAGAGGUGAAGUCCUCUGCAGACAAGAACGUGAAUGACGUGAAGCCAAAGUUUGAUGAAUGCAUCACCCAAGCACCAAAGCCUCUGGAGUCUAUUCAGAGACCAAGUCCAGAUGAGCCUUUCUCCAUUCUACAACAGAAGAUCUCUCCAUCACUCAAACAGGCUUUAGAAAAGCUGAAACUAACUGACGAAAAUGCACCAGAGAUAAAAGAGGAGGAUGGUGAUGAAAUUAAGAUAGGGACGUCCUGUAAGAAUGGAGGCUGCAGUAAGACAUUCAGCGGACAAGCCAGUGAUGACGAGACGUGUUUGUAUCAUGCUGGUGUACCUAUCUUCCAUGAAGGUAUGAAAUAUUGGAGCUGCUGUAGGAGGAAAACCUCAGACUUCAACACGUUUCUGUCUCAGGAGGGCUGUACCCGAGGAAAGCAUCAGUGGAAUGCAAAAGAUACAGGAAAAAAGGUUGUACCAUGCAGGUUUGAUUGGCACCAAACGGGAAGUCAGGUCAUCAUUUCCAUUUAUGCCAAAAAUUCACUACCAGAGCUGAGCUCAGUGGAGGGGAACAGCACUGUGCUCAAAAUCCACAUUAUAUUUGAAGGAGAGAAAGAAUUUGAACAGCAGAUCAGUUUGUGGGGGGUAAUUGAUGCAAGUAAAAGUUUGGUGAACAUGAUGGCUGCAAAAAUUGAGGUUGUGUUGAAGAAGGCAGAGCCAAUGUCAUGGGCCCGACUGGAUCUUCCACCUGCGGCUCCUCCUCCAAAGGAAAAAGAGAAUGUAAAAGAUGUUGACAGUGAGGAUGAGUGUGAUUAAAAGACUGUAAAGGGGCUCGCACACCGGACGCGAAGCUCAGCGUCUUUAAAAUUCGAAUGCAUUGUUUUCUAUGAGUGUACGCACACCGGCGGCGACAUUCGGCGCCCAGAAAACAAUGCGUUCGAAUUUUAAGACGUGUCGCUGAGCUUCGCGUCCGGUGCGCGAGCCCCUUGAGGACCACCGUUAUCAGCUCUGAGUGGGAACAAUUUUCUGAUUCUAAGGUUUGGUGCAUAAUGAAGCAUGAAUGUAUAUUCUGAAAGCUCUGUUUGUCCAAGGUCAAAUUAUAGAUUUAUUGUACAA